CAAACUGAACGAGCGAAGAAACCCAGCAAUGAUGACCUCCCUGAAGGCAUCAAUCCCAAAAUCUGGCGCCGUGUCUUUAUCUCAACAUACAUACAAUAUGUCGCGACAUUGGCUAAUCCCUGGGAGGUUCCCACCAAGCUGGCCUGUGAGAAGAUGCAGGUGAUUUGGGAUGCGAUCUUUCCCCAUAUUGGCCACAGAGUGACAAGCCUUAGUCAGGACUCCGACAACAAUCGUGCGGAAUUCGCAGAGUACGCACUCAGCAACCUUCGGUUCUUAUACAAGAAGGCGAAUGGUGAUGACAAGUCUAAAUUCCGGGGCCUUUAUCAAGGUGCUUUUGUUGUGCAAACCUUCGGUGCACACUUCACCGUGACCUGUGGUGCCCAAAAGAUACCUGGGGUAGACAAGCCAGGUGUACGAGCAAAUCCUGCUGGGGGUCUCGCAUUGUCAUGUGCCGCGGUCGAACGAGCUUUAACUCUCUGGUCUACUCGUACUCUCACCAUCAAAAUGGUUCAGGCCGCAAAGAACAAAACCAGCAUUUCUUUGCCAAAGAUGAUGAAUCAGUCGACUGGCAAGGUGUUCUGUCGGCAAACAGGAUUUAACGACAUCUCCUGGGGUACAUCAACGCGUGCCUAUGCGAAGGCUAUCAUGAAGAACCUCUGCGAGGACAAGUUCGAAGUCAUCAUUGCAUCUGCCAUGGAAUUCUCGAAGAAGAAGAAGAGUCCUGGCAAUGACGUUGAUGAUGCUGCCGUGGAGGAUGACCUUGAUCUGGAUGAGCGUGCUCAGCUGGCGGACAUAUCCAACACUGAGUCCGAGGGAGAUGAUGGCUCUGAUGUGGAGUAG